CGAAAUCGCCGAGGUUAAAAUGGGGCGCAUUGUUUCCGACGACAUCAUGCUCGCAGAAGUAUAGAGCAACAGGAGUUGUUCGCCUCCUGAGAAAGAAAGUGUAACCCACGACCAGAAGAAUGCCCGUCGCUGCGAGCCACGGCGAGUUCCAAGACAUCGGUUCUGCCGGUAGUGAGAAUGUUGACAGGCUGGACCAGAAGUCUUAACGUUCUAACCCUGGGCUAGGGUUAGAACGAUGCAAUCUCACCGUCACAAACUGACGCGUUCGGGCGAGAGGCGUUACACAUAACAAGUACUUCUUUCUUUCUCGCCUAUUACACUUCUACCGCCUCCUAUCAUCCUCGGGUUCUUCUUGUUCUUCGUCCUUCAACGUCGUUUCUGGCAUAUUCCUCGGAUUCUAUCUGGGUCUUUGUAUGUCCUCCGACCAACAACUCGCCCUGGCGAGGGCCACUACAGGCCAGUCCACCCACCUGAGCAAAACCGCUCGGCAGGUUGUCCCUCCGUUUCUUCAGAAGCUCUAUGAAAUCGUAAACGAUCCCAAAAACGAUGAGCUGAUUAGAUGGUCAGAGAGCGGAGACUCCUUCUAUGGUCUGUCCUUAUUUUCCCUCUGUCCGGAGAUGUACUGCUUACAUGGUUUGCAGUUUUGAAUCAUGAACGAUUUGCUCGGGAGGUCCUAGGACGCUGGUUCAAGCACCAAAAGUUCACAUCGUUUGUGCGUCAGCUCAAUAUGUAUGGCUUCCACAAGAUCCCACACCUCCAGCAAGGUGUCCUACGGAGCGAUACCGACACCGAACCUUGGCACUUCGAACACCCCCAUUUCCAUCGCGGCCAACCCGAUCUUCUUUGUCUCAUCCAGCGGAAGAAGCAGCCUCAGCAGAGCAAUGUCGACGAUAUGCAUAUAGACAUGCACGAAGCUACCGCCCAUAUUACCCCUCAACUUGCUAAUCUAUCACAAGGGCAGAUCCUAGACAUAAAUUCGGUCAUAAACGGCAUCGCUGCUAUUAAACGACACCAGCAGGCUAUCUCUGCCGACCUCAACGAGUUGAAAAACUCGAAUCAGCAUCUUUGGCAAGAGGCGCUGGCGGCCCGCGAACGGCAUAAGAAGCACCAAGACACGAUUAACCGUAUUCUGAAAUUUCUGGCUGGUGUCUUCGGGCAAGGAGCUGAACACAAACACGAAGGUUCGCCCGACAGCAUUCAGCGCAAGCGACCGCGGUUGAUGAUUGGUGACGUCACAACUAAUGAGAAGCGGAAAGCCGCAACAGUUGAGGAAGUCGUUGAUGAUGACGACAAACGUAGUGUUUCAACGCCCACUGCUACCUUCGCCACCCUCGACGAGCCCAUCGUCCAUUCACCAUCUGUCGCGCCAAGUGAAACAUACUCUCCCCCGGCAUCCGAUACCUCCACUACUAAUUAUCGCACCACUACCUCACCCCCACGAACUCAAAUGAAUGAAAGUACGACUCCAAAUCCUUCGAACAAUGGCCACAUAUCGCCUCCUGAAGCCCCUGCUGCGCAAAAUCAAAAUGGCCCGCCGCGGAGUCUCUCUCCUCAGUCCAUGUCUUCUGCAUUGGCCAUGCAGAACAUGCCACCAAAUGCAUCUACGCCAGAGAUGUGGGCUACAUUGCAACAGAUGCUCAGUACACCUAAUCAGAUGCAGCGCUUAAUGCAAGCGUUGGCGAAUCAGCAGCAGUACCCGAUGCCGCCUAUGUCUGAACCAGGCAAUCUGCAGUACCCUGUUGAUUCCAACACCAUGAACGCUGUGGGACCGUAUGGUGCACAAUCUCACGAUUGGUCUCGCUUCCCAUACGGUCCUACCAAUGUGACUACGAACGGAAACCUUCCCUUUCCCGUUGCGACAGCACAACUACAACAUCCGCCAAUUCCCCCUCUACCACAAGCCCCUUUGACACGACGUGAUUCCGAUGACGCCCUGGGACCGCUACUCAACAACGCUGAACUACUUCAUAGCGCUGAACAGCUCCAUAAAGCGUACCAAGAUGCCUCUCAGAUCGAUGCAGACGUGGACGCGUUGCAGUUUAGCAUCAAUUCACUGAUUGAGAAUCUGGGGUUGGAUCCUACAGCGAUCACAACUAUUUCGGAAGAUGCUGCCCAUCAGGCAACGGGCGGAGGUGCGCCCACAGGAGGAGGUUCAGGUACCCCUUCUAGUGGUCCAGAAAACACUCCUUCGCUGACGUUGAGCGAUGACACAGAUACCCCUCCGACGUCGAUCGACUUCGAUUUCGAUGCGUUCUUCAAUGAACUUUCAAGUCGACCGAUGCCUGCGGAUUAUUCGGAUAUGGUGGACUCGGGAGGGACGACGCGGUUUGACCCUGUCGCCAGUAUUGACCCUUCGGGUGUGGAUGAUGCGCAACAGGAACAGUUGACGGCGUUUUUGGAGGAUGCGGGAAAUUCACCUUUGAUGGAUAAGCAUUCGGCGAUUCCUAACACGUCGACGACCACGACUACGACGCCGGAGAUGGGGAAGAAGAGGAAGUCGGAUGUUGAUUUGCCGACACCGUUCAUUCUGAACGAAGAUAGUCCGAAGGCGAAGCGGCGGCGAUGAGCUUGCUAAUGACUCAUUGUCGUCUUUCUGUAUCCCACUUUUUUUCUUCUUUGCAUUUGUCUCGCAUUUUCUCAUGGACCCCCUCCCCCACGUCGUCGUUGUACUCAAUUUUCAUCGUUCACCAUCUAUUUCCAUCGUCGCCUUCGUAUUCUGUGCGCGAUGUUAUUUUUCAAUCGUAGAAAGUGUACUUCUAGCCGCCCCAGAUUCACGCCACCCCAUUCAGAAGUCAUCCACCAUCUCCUUGUCUAUUUUGUAGUCUUUAUCGUACUCACAUACGGACUGCGUUCUCUGAUCUUAUUCUCUGCAUAACUCGAAUACUAAAUGUACAUGUAAAUCUGAUUGAAACGUCACUACUACUGUAGAGCUUCGCUUAUAGAGAAGUUUCGUGAGAUACAAUGUGACGGAAGCUUAGCACUCGGCUUGUUUCGAUCCUCGGAAGACGGUGUAGAUCGUAGUACUUG